CAAGCUUACUAUGUGGUGUCUCCCGCACAAGCAAAUCACUGGUCAAUUCCUGUGGCCCCUUGCAAUGCAGACUCCUCAAACUGGUACAUGCCUGGGACAACCAACCUCUUGUACCUGAAAUUAGAGACAAAAGCUCGGAAAUCAUGGAGAUUAUCUCACAAAGCGAGCAAGAUUCAGAUUUUACACCCACUGUGGACAGAUUUUACACCCACUGUGGAGAAAAUGUUCAUUCUUUUCGCACAAUUUGGUAAGCUGUCUCAGAUGCUUGUCUAUCCACUGCAGUAUAUACCUCUGGGAACAGACCUAACACAAUUUGAU